GGAGAUCCCGGAGCUGAGGAGAGCCCAGAGCCAGGAUGGGGUUGAGCACCAGCCGCAUUGUGGAAAUCCAGGUCAUCAACAAGACCCAGAACAUCACCCUGAAGAAACGCAGGACCUACUUCUACAGCGGCCAGAGGCUCAAGGUCCCCCAUUCUCCGGUGUCCCCGGGCUCCUCCAGCACCUCCAAGUUCAUCAACAGCUCCACGUUCUGGGGCUGUAACGGGAUCCUGGCCUACGAGGCCGAGUCCUUCACCUUGGCCAUCUACUUCUCCAACCCCAUCACCCACAGCCUGUUUUCCGUGGAGAUGGGCCUGGAGCUGUCCCUGGAAAAGUUUCACAAGAUGGAGCUGGACACAGCCUACGACCGCCUGGUCAGGUGCUCCCGUGACCCCUCCGACAACGCCAUGUUCCCCUGCGCAUUCCUCAAGGAUUCCCAGAAUCAAGCCCAGGUGAGCGCUGGCCCCGUCACGGUGACGGCCACCAUGGCCAGAGGCUGGACCACUUUCAUCAGGGUGGUGGUGGAGGAACGGGGGAACUCAGGCGAUGGAGCCGGGAUAGAGACCCGCCCUGUUGAGCAGGAGACGUCCGGGAGGAGUGAGAACCUGCAGGACCUUCAGGAGGUUUGCGUGGACAGCCCUGGAACCGCGAGGGUGGCCUGAGAGCUCUGCAGACACUGCCAGGAACCCUUAGACGCACCUAGAACCCUGCAGGAAUGUCUAAAACCCCAUAGAGGCCCUUAGAACCCCAUAGGCACCUCUAGAACCUUGUUGGCACCUCUAGAGCCCUGUAGGCAUAACCAGAACCCCAUUGUCACCCUUAGAACCCUGUAAACACUGCUAGAACC